CAACCCAGUGUUCCAGAUACAUAGUCUUGGGGACUUUUUCCUGAAACCGGUGACAUACCUGAGAGGUGACCUUGACACCAUUGUCCGUGAAGGCAGCAGCAGAUCGGCUGCUCUGAUUCUCCUGGUCCUGUGUGGAGGGAAACUGGACCUUGCCUCCUUGAUGUGUGGGACAAACAAGAAGGUUACAGAUCUGUUUCAUGUUGUAAAGGAGAAGGUAGCAUCAUGCACUGAUACAGACAUAGAAGAGAGAUAAGCAAUUUUACCGGCACCUACUGUGUCGUGGAGAAUCAUGUGGCCUCCUUUUCACAUCCAGCCACCCACGACGCUGCAGCAUGUGCUUUUAGGAAUCUCAACAGUGUUUUAUUAGUAAAACACUGUUCCCUUCAGUUUUUGUAUGAAAGGGUUAGACCAAGCAUGACUGAUGCUCGACAGACAACCCAAGCUGAUGAUGUGACAAACAUGAUCUCCAUCACUUCCCAUCUUUACCCACUGAUGAUCGACAGGCUAGUGGAAGGUAUCCGUGAAGAUUGCUUCAGAUGGACAAUAGGCCACCCUGUAUUCAGAAAGGAUGAAUUAGCAUCCUCACUGAUGACGGAACUGGCAAAUGACUUGCUUCAUUUAGUCCACCGAAAGGACAGCACCUCUGGUGAAAGUUUUAUAUACUGGACUUCCCUGUCUAAUAAUGAUUUACUGUUCAGAAAGUCACUAUUACUGAUGAGGGAAAAGGAAACUCUUUCCCUGAAAAUAUCAAAGACCUGUAUGAGAGUAUCACAGGCUGCAUAAAGGCUGGCAAGGUGGGGAACCUGCAACGUAUUGUUGAUGUGCUAAAGCAUCAUGGAGAAUAUAAUGCAGAAAGAAGGAUGGCAGCAGGCAAAACACUGCUCAUAAUUGCUGCAGAAGCUGGACAGUUGGAUGUGUUCAAUUUUCUACUGCAAGAAGGAGCAAAUGUUUUAUUGAAGGAUAGGAAAGGAAACUGUUGCCUUCAUCAUGCGUGUAUUUCAGGAAAAGUGAUAUUGUGAAAGUUGUUGUUGAAAAGUUUCCACAUAUGAUUGAUGCUCGGAAUAAUGAGGGUUUCACAUCUACAAUGUUGUGUGCUCAGAGACGACAGGGGAGAUCCUCAAGUUCCUGGUGUCACAUGGUGCUGAUCUCUCUGCUAAGAUAUUGGGAGGUUGGAAUUGUUUACAUGCGGCGUGUGCAAGUGGUCAUUUAUCAACCGUCCAAUAUGUGUUGUCUUGUGAAAUUAUCAACAUUAAUCAAAGAACAUUAUCAAACACAACGCCGAUUAUGAUGGCUACCACAAAUGGACACUCUGAUGUUUAUCAUCUUCUCGUGUCAGAGGGAGCUGAUGUGUCACUUGCUGAUAAGAAUGGCAGAGACUGCCUGAUGUAUGCAUGUAAGGCAGGUAACAUGUCUAUAGUUAGGCACUUACUCUCUUUGAAAACAAUCAACAUCAACAGGGGAGAUCACGACAACAUGACACCAGUCAUGACGGCAGCUGAAGCCGGACACUCUGAUGUUUAUCACCUUCUUGUGUCCGAGGGAGCUAAUGUGUCACUUACUAAUGAUAAGGGCAGAGACUGUCUGAUGUAUGCAUGUGAGGGAGGUAACAUGUCUAUAGUUAGGCACUUACUCUCUUUGAAAACAAUCGACAUCAACAGGAGAGAUCACAACAACAUGACACCAGUCAUGAAAGCAGCUGAAGCCGGACACUCAGAUGUUUAUCACCUUCUUGUGUCAGAGGGAGCUGAUGUGUCACUUACUGAUGAUAUGGGCAGAGACUGUCUGAUGUAUGCAUUUGAGGGAAGUAACAUGUCUAUAGUUAGGCACCUCCUAUCUUUGAAAAUAAUCAACAUCAACAGGAGAGAUCACGCCAACAUGACACCACUCAUGACGGCAGCUAAAGCCAGACACUCUUAUGUUUAUCACCUUCUUGUGUCAGAGGGAGCUGAUGUGUCACUUACUGAUAAUAUGGGCAGAGACUGUCUGAUGUAUGCAUGUGAGAGAGGUACCAUGUCUAUAGUUAGGCACCUACUGUCUUUGAAAACAAUCAACAUUAACAGUAGAGAUCACGACAACAUGACACCAGUCAUGUCGGCAGCUAAAGCCGGAAACUCAGAUGUUUAUCACCUUCUUGUGUCAGAGGGAGCUGAUGUGUCACUUGCUGAUGACAAGGGCAGAGACUGUCUGAUGUAUGCAUGUGAAACAGAUAGUAUGUUUGCAUGGACCUCAAGAACCUCAGGUAAAAUGUGUAUAGUUAGGCACUUACUCUCUUUGAAAACAAUCAACAUCAACAGGAGAGAUCACGACAACAUGACACCAGUCAUGACGGCAGCUAAACCAGACACUCAGAUGUUUCACUUCUUGUGUCAGAGGGAGCUGAUUUGUCACUUUCUUUAUGAGAAGGGCAGAGACUGUACAAUGUAUGCAUGUGAGAGAGGUAACAUGUCUAUAGUUUGAAGGCACCUACUAUCUUUGAAAACAAUCAACAUCAACAGGAGAGAUUGCUUGAACCGAACACCAGUCAUGGUGACAGUUCAAGCUGGACACCCUGAUGUUUAUCACCUCUUUCUCAACAUCAACAGAUGGAGCUGAUAUGUCACUUACUGAUGACUGUAGAGUAAUGUAAUGUAAGAGAUGUAAUGGAAUGGAAGCUUGGUCUUCACAUAAAAUAAUCUCAAAGGAAUCAAGAAUGAACAGUAAGCUUGAAAUUAUGAAUGCAUAGUGUCUCAUAUUAAAAACAACAAAUCUUAUAUAUUUUUUAUUAACUUGUAUUCAAUCUUUUUUGUGCACAGUGAGCAAGAGUUCAGAAAUUGAGGUCACUAUUCAACUGUAUUCUCUUUUUCAGAAAUGCCCAGACUAGGAAAUACUCAAGACAUGAUUUUCAGUUUUCAUAUUUGUGUGAUAUGCUUUUGUGGCGACUGACCAUACAUUUGAUAAUGUAACCAUUUGUGUCCACAGAGCUUACACAAUGAUGUGGACAAUUCCAGUAAUUCUCCAAUGAACCAAUCAUAAUAUGAAUGGCCCUACUUACAAGCAAUUUGUGUAAGUCCUUCAUGUAUAUGAAAAGUGAGUGAGGUGAGAAUGAUUCAUUAUUGCUUAACCUCACUGCAGCAAAUUUGCUCCAAGAUAUUUUAAGUGUUAUGUCACUUUAGAGAUUGCUGUGGGUUUAUUAGAAGUGAUUGUUUGAGGCAGGAAAAGACUGAAAUGGUCGUAACAUGCAGUAGUGGCCAAUAUCCACCAGAGACUUGAUCAUUUGAGACGUUUUGUGAGCGGGUUAGGCAGCUGAGAUUUGUGUGCUAGCCAUGGGAUGCCUGACUCUGAGGGGCGUGAGUUUGAAUCCUAGAUGUGGCUCCAACCCAGCAAUAGUACUAGAAUCUGUACUUUACUGAAAAAGUAUAAUCCCAAGUAUAACAUAUGUUACAUUUGAAAACUUUCUAAAUGUCAUCGUGUAUUCAUAGUAGUGUGUGUGCCUCAGUAGAGACAUCUGAUAGUGAGUUUCAGGAGUGCGAAGGUAUCAUCGCACCUGUUAGAUAUUGAGUGCGUUCACUAAUUUGAACCAUUUGUAUUGCCUUAUCUGCUUCUAUAUAUUAUUUUCAUUUUCCUUGAUCAUAUUUCAGUUCGGUUUUAGUUACGUGAUUUCAGAGUUAACACACGGUAAUAAAACAAUACAGAACCCAACAUGUGAAUUUUUACAGUAAAUGUUGUGGUCCAUACUUUUUGUACAGAUUGUGUUUUCCCUAUUUCUACUUGUAUCAAGUUUGCGUUUUUGCAUGUGUCUGUGUCCUUGGAAAGAACACCUGUUGUGCUAA